AUGUCCAGGAUAACAAUAAUUUCGCCAACUCAAAAUCAGUUCUCAGGUACACUCCCAGACAUAGGCCUUGGGGUUCAAGAGCUUUAUGUAGGAGCUAAUAAACUCAGUGGAGCAAUCCCCAAGUUUAUCUCCAAUAGUUCUAAGCUCUGGGGGCUAGACAUUGGAUACAACUCAUUUAGUGGGUUUAUUCCUAGCACGCUCUGUGCCUUGACAAACCUUGAGAUUCUUAAAUUGCACACAAAUAAUUUGACCAUUGAUACUUCAACUCCAGAAGCAAACUUCGUUUCUUGUUUGGCCAUUAAUCUUACAAAUUUGCAGACCUUCACCUUGACAGAUAAUCCAUUAAACGCCACUCUUCCUGUUUCCUUUGGAAAUCUCUCUACAUCACUUAGUAAUCUGGGAAUUAGAAAUUGCAGCAUGAUGGUUAACAUUCCCGAUGAUAUUGACAACUUGAGCAGCUUGAUAUUCUUAGACUUGGGAAACAAUCAAUUGAGUCUUUUGUGA